UUGAUCUAUUAUACCUUCUAAGAAUCCGCGGAGUCAUAGUAAGCACAAUGUCGCGAGGUAUCGCUCAUGCCAUGAACCUUGCCCUACUCCUCACUGUGCUGCUGGUGGUGUCGGUGGCCGCUGGAGAGAGCGAUGCGUCUAGUUCGAGUCCCCAACCUUGCUGUUUCCCUAAUCAAUUCACGAGCAAAAGCUUGAACGUCCAGUAUAGACGAUGGGCGACUGUGACCUACGACUACACCAACCAAAGGAAGAUGGUUCAGUUUGUAGACAGUGAUGAGUUCUACCAUUUUGAUUUGAGCGCCCAUGUUACUUCCUACGGCCAUACCAAUGGGCAAUGCAAGAACUACACAACCAUUGGAUAUACGCUUACAGAUCGCUGCAUUCCCGACGAUGCUCAAUUUGACCAGGACGCAGGUUCCCUCAUAGGACCAAGCUUGGGCGUCAACUCGUUUAGACUCAACUCGGAAAGCCAAACUGGAAUUGUGACGGUGUCUCAGGACAACUGCUACCCGAUCGCUUAUUCCCUGACCGACCCGACAGCCGGAGAGAACCUGUACGUCCUCAUCACAGAAAUCAAGGAAGAAAUUGACCCCUCGGUUUUUGACGUCGACCUAUCUAAGUGCGUCUGUUCUUAAACACAAUACAGAAUGAUCGGUUGUUGUAAUGGUGCAAUUUGUUUUUUGUUUUUGUUUGUUUUGGCGGUUUUUUCUUUCAAACACGGACUUUUCCCCUCAAACCGCAAAAGGUUUUUUUCCAAACCACAAACAUUUUAAAAUUCAUUUGAAGGAUAAAUACAAAGGAAAAAACCCAACAAUUGUACAUCCCUGUUUUGUUUGUUUCUUCUAUGUGAGAAGCGUUGUCUAGUAACAACAAGAAAUAUAUGUAUUUACUUUGGCA